UUUUUUUUUUCUUUCUUCCUGACAUCGAGAUGGACCCCACCAUUGCCCGCGAGCUCUCGCGGCUCGACCCUACAGUGCCUUUUCGCGCUUCAACUGCGCAUCUGCACCACACGUGGGCGCGCACCUUUUUCGCACGGCCUGAGCUCUACAUUCGACCGCGCUCACUGCCGGAGAUCGAGAAGAUCGUCACUCUCGCGAGACGCUGUCGUCGUCGCAUCGUUGUGGUCGGGAGCGGCCAUUCGCCGUCUGAUCUGACAUGCACGUCAUCCUGGCUCGUCAAUCUCGAUGACUUCAACAGCAUCCUCAGCGUCGAUGCAGACAAGAAGAUCGUCACUGUUCAGGCAGGAAUCCGGUUGCGAGACCUGGGCAGGGAACUCGAGGAGAAGUACGGGUUGACACUUUCGAAUUUGGGCAGUAUCGACAGCCAGUCGAUUGCAGGCGUUAUCGCGACGGGAACCCAUGGCAGCUCGCUCAAACAUGGCUUGUUGUCUGAGUGCAUCCUGUCGUUGACGCUGAUGCUGGCGAACGGCCAGACGGUGCGCUGCAGCGCGACCAGCAACCAGGAGCUCUUUCGAGCGGCGCUGGUCUCGUUGGGCGCGCUGGGCAUCGUCGUCGAGGUGACCUUCCAGGCAGAACCUACGUUCAAGGUCAAAUGGCAACAGACGUUGCGACCGCUGUCGCAGGUCUUGGAUGAGUGGUCAUCCGAUCUCUGGACGUCGCACGAGUUUGUGCGUGUCUGGUGGAUGCCGUAUCUCAAGCAGGCGAUCGUCUGGCGAGCAGACAAGACAGAGGAGCCGCUGCGUCCGCCUCCGCAGACGUUCUACGGACGGUGGUUGGGAUACCAGAUCUACCACAAUCUGCUGGCGCUGUCGAACUAUGUUCCCCAGAUCCUGCCAUGGAUUGAGUGGUUUGUCUUUGGCAUGCAAUACGGAUUUAAACCAGGCGCCAAGGUGACGGAGGCCGUGCAGACGGCCCGCGAGGGUCUGCUGAUGGACUGCCUGUAUUCUCAGUUUGUCAACGAGUGGGCUUUACCCUUGGAGAAGGGGCCUGAAGCGCUCACUCGUUUGUCUGCGUGGCUCAAUGGCGACGAGGAGACAGCGCAGAUCCCGUACAGUUCGAAAGGAGUGUAUGUCCAUUGCCCGAUCGAAGUCCGCGUCGCGGAUACCACGUUGACCGAUUCUCCGCGGCCAUAUCUCGACCCUACCUGUCAUUACGGCCCUACGCUUUACCUGAAUGCUACGUUGUAUCGUCCAUACCUCCGCGACCCUCCCUGCACCCACCAGUACUACAUGGCCUUUGAAUGGCUCAUGCGCUCCAUGGGCGCAAAGCCGCACUGGGCGAAGAAUUUCACGACUGACACUGGCCGUAAGGAACUACACGGCAUGUACGGCGCUGACAUGGAUGCUUGGUUGGCGGUCCGAAAAGAGGUCGACGUUGACGGAAUGUUUGUCGGGGAAUGGCACCAGAGAAACCUUCUGCCUGACCCAGCUGCAGAGGCCGGCGCAGAGCCUACCAGUACUCUACCACUCCAAGAGCGCGAGAAGGCACGUCGGAAGUUUGGUGGUCGAGGUGCCGGGGAUGGACUCGAGUGGAUUGGUGAGCGACGCUGGGAGCUGGCCUCUGAGCGUCGUGUGCCCGGUACGGAGCAGGAGUCGACGACUUCGACCCCUAGUCCUCCCAUGACCGCCACUAGUGAGGAGAGCUUCGAUUUGUUCGCCCAUGGUGAAGCUAGCCUGGUUCUCCCUCCUUCGCAAUCAUCAUAGAAGAAGAAGAGCAGGGGGGGGUGGGAAACAAGGGGCCAAGAGUCAGUUCAAGCAAUUUGUAAGGCGGCAACACAAGAUGAAAUUCAUAUAGCCACGAGUCCAAUGGAAGAUCCAUGAAAAAAAAAACGCAUACCCUGCAUUAUCUAGGUAGUACUACCCAAUGAAAACACUUUUCUUCU